AUGGCCACCCUCCGCGGUAUCUUCCGUAAGGACUCCUCGUCGCUGGUGCGAGCUGCUGCUAUCUUCACAGCUGGCGCAGCCGUCGCCGCGUCUGCUUUCACCUUGUCCUCCAGCGGAUCGACAACCUCCUCCCGUCAAGUCACAGGUGCCCUCCCGGCUGCUGUUCCCGCUGAAUCCGCCGUGAGAUCUGUUUCCACCUCAGCAGACGGCGCAUCGUCGACCGCGUCUAAGGAGCACGUGGUGCUGGGUAGCGGCGAGUGCGACUGCGCUGCUCUCUGGGAGUGCCUUCAGACUCCCAACGCGGACUGCUCACAGCUGCAGAAGGAUCUGCAGGCCUGCCUCGUCGCCAAUAAGCUGAUUGCUCGCCCCAAAGCUUAG